AUGACGGAUCUCAGGCCAAUAGCCCUGAGUAAUGUGGUAUAUAGAGUGAUGGCCAAGAUGAUUACAAAUAGAAUGAAGCCGUUAAUGGGUAAUAUUAUAUCUGACUCUCAGAGUGCAUUUAUACCGGAUAGACUCAUUACUGAUAAUAUUCUAAUAGCUGCAGAGGUGGGGCAUUUUUUGAAUCGAAAGCAGUGUGGGGCGAUGGGUUGGGGAGCCCUAAAAUUGGAUAUGGCAAAGGCAUAUGACAGGAUGGAAUGGCCUUUUGUAAAAGGAAUGCUUUUGGCUCUUGGUUUUGAUGUGAGAUGGGUGGAUCUAAUAAUGCUUUGUGUGACUACAGUAUCUUAUACUUUCCUUGUUAAUGUGAAAGUCAAUCUGUAG